AUGAAGCUCUACCUACCGACUCUCGUCGCCGCUGUGAUCGCCACGCUCUACGCUGGUGUCGACGCCGUUCCUAAAGGCGUCUCUGGCAUCAACUACGACGCUCGCAACGGCUCGGACUGGGAGACCAACAACGCCAGUUGCAAGAGCUUCACUGACGUCUACCAUGAAAUGCUGACCCUCCAAACGUUCACCGAGAAGGUUCGCACCAACUCGCUCAUUGAGUGCGACGUGGCCAACCUUGUGCUGCAGUUCGCCUCGAGCAUCGGCGUGACGGAGAAGGUCAAGCUCGGGGAAAUCAUCGACAAGGGCCGCUUUGACACUGUCACCAGCGUGCACGUUGGCAACGGUGCUAUCAGCCGCGACAACGUCACUGUCGACACUGCGCUUGAGUACAUGACGGAGAUCCGCGACUUCCUUCGAGGUCGCGGCAAGAACGCCUCGGUGACGAUCGCGGACAGUAUUGAAGUCUACAACACCAACCCGAAGCUCCUCGAAGCGGUCGACUACGUGUCGGUGGGCUACUCCCCGUUCUGGGAGCGAGUGGAUGUCAACGAAGGCGUGGCUGUUACCCUCGACCGCAUGAAGAGCCUUCGUAUUGCUGCGGAGAACAAGGACAAGCCCGUUGUCAUUGAUACCGCUUGGAGCUCUGGCGGCAUGAACCCAAUCCCCGACUUGGCUACCCCAAAGAACCAGGCCAAGUACUUCUCGGACUUCAUCCGGAUGGCCCACUCCCACAAGGACCUCGACUACUACUGGUCCGACGCGUUCGACGCCAAGUGGCUCAACGACCUCGACAUCGAGGCUCACCUGGGUGUCUAUGAGAAGGCUGGCGUGAUGAAGGAGGAGAUCUUCAAUCUGCAGUUCGAGAACUGGAGGGCCCCGCGUCUCAUUCGCACCGAGGGAAGCAUCAUGCUCUCAGAGGCGGAUGACAAGCUGUACAUGUCGGAGAAGUCGAACAACUGGCUCACGCAGGAGCAGCAGACGUGGUUCUUUGACGAGACCACGCAGCAGAUCCGCUCCAAGAGCAGCGACCGCUGCCUGGACGCGUACCAGCCCUGCUGUGCACUCAAAUGUAUCUAG